AUGUCCACAAAGCCUCGCAGGGAACCCCGAGCUUACCACCCCCAGUUCAACUCGCCCGACGCCGAUGUAAUACUCGUCUCCUCAGAAGAUACAGGCUACCGUGUACCACACUUCACCCUGCGAAAUACAUGUGGCUUUUUUCGUGGCCUUCUUUCUACACACAACUCAUCCCUCGUACAGCCAGAGCUAGGAGACAGAUCAUUUGGUCCCAUAUUCGACGUUGAUGAAAAGAAUAAGGUCUUGACAAAGGUUCUUAGCAUGAUAUGCGGCCUUCACAGCGACAACUGGGAAUCCAUUGACGAAGCAGACGACGCCAUCCUCCUUGCUCAAAAAUGGGAUGCUCCAGGUCCAUUGUCCAUCAUUCGAAGCUCAAUAACAGCCCCUAUGUUCCUUGCCGAUCCCCUGCGACUUUAUGCAAUUACAACUCGACAGGGGUGGCUGGAGGAGACUAUGCUGGCGUCGACGCAGACAUUAAGUCUGAACCUUUAUGAUGAGGAACACCGACCAACCCUGGAAAAAAUGUCUGCCAGUCGCCUCAUGGCGCUCUUUCGGCUGCAUCGGGAUCGACGAGACCGUUUCAAGACAUUCAUAGACAGCGACGCGAUAUUCGAUGCAGGAAACGCAGAGAAAUAUCUCUGUCCUGGAUGCGGAGAAGAAAUGAACAAUCAUACGUGGCGAGAACUCAAAACCAGGAUGUUUAUGGAGAUGGAUAGACGACCCCUCGGAGAUACGCUGUGUGGGCUAGAGAUGGAAGACUGGCCGGAGUUCAUCGCUUGCUGGGAAGCGAAGUGCCAGAAAGCGGACUGUGGGAGGUUGUGCUAUGACAAGUUGAGCACCCUUCGAGAUAUAAAGAAUUGUAUAGAGAGACUUCCUUCCCAUGUUUAA